CCGUUGUAACUGUGAUGCUAACGGCAGCCUUUCAAUAAGAAAACGGUAACUUCAGUUAGCUACAGGCGAACGACACCGUUAGCAAUUUACCAAAUAUUACCGUGCGGAAAGCCGCUUUUUGACGAGUUAGCAAGCCGGCUGCGGUACGUUUAGUCUUAACAACGUGGUGCAAUGUGACAGAAACUGUUAUGGGUGAUCAAUUGUUGACUGAAAUGUGAGUAAUUUACUGUCAAUAUCGCCCGUUUUUAUAUAAUGCUCCCGUAUUAAAGCUUACUAAUCCUAACGUUAUCGGUGAUAAAUGUGGUUAUUUGCCCCAGACACCGCAGUUACGCACCUUCUUGCCACAUCAAACCCAUCUAUUAGCUACUCAUGUAAUCUAUGACAUAACGCUUAGGUAGUAGCACACCUAACGUCACGUGGUUUGGAAGGGCUUCCGGUCACUUUAUCCCAGGGUUCAUUUCCUCAUGGCAAAGAAGGAAUGCAUAGCAGGGCUGAGCACAACAGGGGCCACUUCGACACUCAGGAACAGGAAGACGUUCCCCACGUCGGCAAAGGUCCCCCGAACCCCGCCGAGGGACAGAAGCAGCCCACCUGCUGCACACCUGCCGGAAGGCGGCCUCUGCUCGUCCAACGGGGCCCCCGCUCGGCCCUCGGCUGGAGGAGGCGUCAGCGAGGGUCCCUGGCGUCUGCUGGUGCUGCUGGUGGUGGCGGUGCUGUCGUUCUCCACGCGCCUCUACAAGAUAACAGAGCCCCCUCACGUGUGCUGGGACGAGACCCACUUCGGAAAGAUGGGAAGCUACUACAUCAACAGGACCUUCUUUUUCGAUGUCCACCCUCCUCUCGGAAAAAUGCUGAUCGGUCUCGCCGGCUACAUGACCGGUUAUGACGGCACCUUUCCUUUCACGAAGCCAGGGGAUAAAUAUGACCACCACAACUACUGGGGGAUGAGAGGAUUUUGUGCCGUGUUGGGCUCCUUUCUCCCAAUCUUUGCCUACCUCAUAGUGCGGGAGUUAUCUCAGUCGCACACUGCCGCUCUCGUCACGGCCACGCUGCUCAUAUUCGACACGGGCUGCAUCACCAUUUCCCAGUACAUCCUGUUAGACCCCAUACUCCUGUUCUUCAUCAUGGCAGCCGUGCUGAGCAUGGUCAAGUUCAACCAGCAGAGAUACAGGCCUUUUGCUUGGUCCUGGUGGCUGUGGCUGGUCCUGACUGGGGUGAGCCUCGCCGGGGCCCUGGGGGUGAAGUUUGUGGGUCUGUUUGUCAUCCUGCUGGUGGGACUGCACACCGUCUGGGACAUGUGGGGGCUUCUGGGGGACCUGAGCCUCUCACUGGUGGACGUUACAAAGCACUUCCUGGCUCGGGUCGCUGGCCUCAUCGUGCUUCCAGUCUUCCUCUACGUCACGAUCUUUGCAAUCCACUUUGUUGUGCUGAACAAAAGCGGACCGGGCGACGGCUUCUUCAGUUCAGCCUUUCAGUCCCGUCUCAUUGGGAACAAUCUAUACGAUGCCUCCAUGCCGGAGUACCUGGCGUAUGGCUCCACCAUCACAGUGAAAAACCUCCGUAUUGCUGGAGGCUAUUUACACUCUCACUGGCACUUGUACCCAGAGGGAGUGGGAGCCAGGCAGCAGCAGGUGACAGCCUACCUCCACAAGGACUAUAACAACCUGUGGCUGGUUCAUAGAAAGGAUGAUAAUGAAUCCACUUCUGGGACACCUGAUCUUGUUCGUCAUGGCGACAUCAUUCGACUGGAGCACAAAGAAACAACCCGUAACCUUCACGGUCACCUCCACGAGGCUCCUCUGACUAAGAAGCACUUCCAGGUCACAGGCUACGGCGUUAAUGGCACGGGGGACACCAAUGACCUGUGGCAGGUGGAGGUGUGUGGAGGCCGGAAGGGAGACCUGGUGAAGGUGCUGCGUAGCAAAGUGCGCUUUCUGCACCGAGCCACCGGCUGUGUCCUCUACUCGUCUGGAAAGACUCUCCCAAAGUGGGGCUGGGAACAGGUGGAGGUGACCUGCAGCCCCUACCUGAAGGAGACUCCGAGCUCUCAGUGGAACAUUGAAGAUCACAUCAACCCCAAAUUGCCCAACAUCAGCUUGUCCGUGUUGAAGCCCCAUUUCCUGGAGAUCUUACUGGAGUCCCACAUCGUUAUGAUAAGAGGCAACAGUGGCCUGAAACCCAAAGACAACGAGAUGAACUCCAAACCCUGGCACUGGCCCCUCAACUACCAGGGUUUGAGGUUUUCCGGCGUGAACGACACAGAGUACCGCGUUUACCUGCUGGGGAACCCGGUGGUCUGGUGGAUGAACCUGGCCGGUUUGGGGUUGUACCCUAUCGCGGCGGCGGCGGCGUCUGUAGCCCUCCGGAGAGGUUUCUCGUUGGGCCAAAAGAGACGAGAGCAUGCUGCCGUGCUUCAGGGAGGAGGAGGGCUGCUGCUCCUCGGUUGGCUGCUGCACUACGCGCCUUUCUACUCGAUGGGGCGCGUCCUCUACUACCACCACUACUUCCCCGCGAUGCUCUUCAGCAGCAUGCUAACAGGAAUUACAUUCGACGUUCUGUUGAAAAGCACCGACCUGCUUCUCCACCCACCUCAUUCCGAUUGGCUGCAGAGACUCGGCCAUGUGGCGCUUCUGCUUAGUGUGCUCUACAGUUUCUACCUGUUCCAUCCUCUCUCCUACGGCAUGACGGGUCCUCUGGCACACGAGCCGGGCAGCGCCAUGGCUGGCCUGAAGUGGAUGGACUCCUGGGAGUUCUAGUUCGCUCUGCCCAUAGAAGACGCUAAUAUUCUUAUGAAUUUGAGGGGCUUUCAACCACGUGACUCCCAUGCUGAAGGUUUUACAGUGUUUACAUAAGAAGAUAAAAGGUACUGACUGCACACACUGCUGUUGAGUAUGUCUCAGUAUUGUUGUCUAUAAUGUGUAAAGUGCUUGAUGAAACAGACCUGAAUUAGUGUAAUAUGGAACCAGAGAGUGUGUUGAGUUUUAGAGAGUGAAGUUCUAAACACUUCCUCACCGAGCUGCCUUAACUUCCAACACAUCUGAGACUUGUAUGUGGAUAUGUGUAUGCUGUGUGUCACAGUGAUAUAAGCUAAAGUGCCAGAAACGAAGAAAUCUGAAAGGGUGCAUCUCUGUCGGUUUUAAAGAAAGCACUUUGUUAUAGGCUUUCAGAGACUGUAUUUUCAUUUGAGGUUGUGUUUGGUCUUAGUGCCCGGUAUUUUUUUAUAUAGCACUUGGCCGUCAGUGCUUUCCAGUACUGGCCAUGUUUUUACAUCAUUAGAUUACUACUUACUCUGUAUCAUGUACAUCAUUAAACUGGGAUAUUCUUGUA